AUGCCGUACUGCGUGGUGACCGCGGCGGCCGUCGCCGGCGGCGAACAGGAGGAGGUGCGUAUCUUCUACCAGCGGUACGGCCACGGCGCCACCAAGGUCCUCCUCAUCAUCGGGUUCGCCGGGACGUACGAGUCGUGGGCCCCGCAGGUGAAGGGCCUGACGGGCGCCGUCGAGCCCGUCGACGAGGAGGCUCCGGCCGACGACGGCGACGACUCCGGCGCCGCGGAGGGCGUCGAGGUCUGCUGCUUCGACAACCGCGGCAUGGGGCGCAGCUCCGUCCCGGCGCAAAAGUCGCAGUACACGACCGUGAUCAUGGCCAAGGACGCGCUAGCGCUCAUGGAUCACCUGGGAUGGCGAAGAGCGCAUGUCUUCGGCCACUCCAUGGGUUCCAUGAUAGCUUCGAAAUUGGCCGCAAUGGCGCCGGACCGGGUCGCGUCGCUGGCGUUGCUCAACACCACCGGAGGAGGCUACCAGUGCAUCCCAAAGGAAUACCUUGAGGAAGUUAUUGGAACAAGUACCAGAAGACAGAUGCUUUAUCAGGAAUAUGUUAAAGAAUUAGACAGGAUUCGCUUCGCAGGUUUCCUUGUUCUAAUUAUUCAUGGCAGGGAUGAUGUCGUUGCUCAGUUGUAUCGUGCAAGGAGGCUUGCACAGAAGCUCCAGCCUGCCGCUAAACUGGUUGAGCUCCACGGAGGCCACCUUGUGAGCCAUGAAAGACCAGCUGAGGUUAAUAUGUCACUCAUGGAGAUGAUGAAGGCAUCGAAAUCAAAUACAGACCUAGAGGAGUGGUCAAACCUUCCAAACAAUUCUGAUGGUCUUCUUCUAUCUGGAUCAGCAAGUUGUCUUACCAAAAGAGACGAUGACAGAGUGAAUUACCUCGUCUUCACAUACAAUCUACUCGGGAAGCUCCAACUUAUUUUUCUCUUCAUCUUUGGAGUGUUCUAUGUAAUUCUUGAACACGUGAGGAGAGUUGUAAGAAUUUUGAAGCCUGUCAGGGUGUCUGCUUCCACCUUAUAG